AUCUAGUACAGUCAUCGAUGACGAUUGAAUCUGAAAUUGUCUCCGAAAUAAAUUUUAGGCUAAGCGAAUGCGGCCUGGCCGAUGAUCAAGGGAAAAUGUCACCCGACUCAUCAUCCUUGGAAGUAAUGACAGAAUCACAUGACAUUGAUCAAAGCUUCGACUCUUCGCCUUCUGCAAUGUUUAUAGAAUCAGCAGCCAAGGAAGUGUCGGUAGCUGAGGAAAAUACUGAACAAGUACCAAACUGUAAUUCAGACCUAAGUUAUAAGUGGAGAGAAACCGGGCCUAUGCUUCUCUGUAGUGCUACAGAAGAGUACCAGCCUACACCAAUAUGCGAAAAUUUUACAAAAGGGUGCCAAUGGUCCCCUGAUGGAACUUGUCUCCUUGUACCUGCGGAGGACUUUAAACUUAGGAUCUAUGAACUCCCUCGAGAAUUGUAUUCUGGGAAAGUUUCAUCCUGUUUAAUUCCGCACCCGCUCAAAGCUGCGCUAACGGUUAAGGAGGGAGGAGUCAUUUACGAUAGCUGCUGGUUCCCGAUGAUGAACUCCUGGGAUCCCUCGAGCUGCUGUUUUGCAAGCACAAGCAAAGAGAGUCCCGUCCAUUUAUGGGAUGCUUUCACCGGCGAACUUAGAGCAACUUAUAGAGCCUACAAUCAAGUCGACGAGGUUGAAGCGGCCAUCAGUGUACAAUUUGUAAAUUCUGGUACAGAAGUGUGGUGUGGUUUUAAAGGUGCCUUGCGCACAUUUGAUACUAGCCGUCCUGGACGGCAGGUAAACACAAUCUACCUGAAAAAGGACAUUCCGAACGUAACUGGGAUUGUUUCCUGUAUUCGGGAAAAUCCAACUAUGCCUGGCUUAGUGGCAUUUGGUACCUACUCCAAGACCAUAGGUUUAUACAAAGAUGGUCCGCUGUGUGCGCUUAAGACUGCUAGCGGUGUGACACAAAUUGAGUUCAGCCCCUGCGGGAUGAAACUUUACUCAGUCGUAAGACGCAGCAAUGAAAUGCUGUGCUGGGACCUCAGAAAUCCAGGCGUCGUUCUGUAUUCCAUUCAAGGACGACAAGCGGACACAAAUCAAAGAAUACAAUUCUCCAUAUCUCCUGAUGGAAAUGUGCUUGUUUCAGGUAGUACCAAUGGGGCCGUAAAUGUAUGGGAACAGGAUCCAAACAUGAUGAAUGAGGAACAAUUGGACAUAAAACAGACGAUAAAGUUAUCAGCCGAUUGCGUUAACGGUGUUAGCUUGCACAGAUAUUUGCCAAUAAUGGCCACAAGUACUGGUCAACGAAUUUGCGAUGAAGAAUUGGAGCGACGCAGAGAUAACAGUGUACGAUUUUGGUGGUGCGGAUCUACAGAUUGAAAGCAUAUGUUGAUGAGCGAUGUAAUUUUUAAUGUUAAAUAUAACCAGUUAUUUGAAAGUAU